AAAACAAAAAAGAAAAAACAUCGUCGUCGUGCCUAGCUCACACACAUUCCUCCAUUUCCAAACCCCAUUUCUCUUCAAUUUUCAGAAAUUAGGGUUUGGAAAUUCUGGAGAUGUCGGAGAACAGCAUCAUCAAAAACAGACGGAAUGCCUGCCCGGAUUUUCACCUUUCCGAUGAAAUGCUUUCUGUUAUUCCGACGGACCCAUAUGACCAAUUGGACCUUGCCCGGAAGAUCACCUCCAUGGCAAUCGCUUCUCGCGUUACAAGCCUGGAGUCUGAGAUGGACAGGCUCCGACAGAAGCUUAACGGAAAGGAUCGCGUCAUCCUCGACCUCGAGGAUAAGGUCUCUCAGCUCGAACACGCCUGUCACCAGGCCGAAUUGCGAUUGAACAUCACUCUCCAAGAUAAUAUGAAACUGUCGAAGGAGAGAGAUAAUCUGGCUUUUACUGCAAAGAAGCUUGGUCGCGACUUAGCAAAGUUGGAGACCUUUAAAAGGCAAUUGGUGCAGUCUUUGAGUGAUGAUGACUCAUCUCCAGCUGAAACUGUUGAUAUUGGCAUUUAUGAUCAAUCUGUUCAUAAGUCAUAUCCUUUAAAAGAGGAGGUGAAUAGCUACACAGUGCAUCAUUCUUUCAGUGGUUCUGUAGACGGAAGAGGAAGUAAUGGUGACGCUUCAAAGCACGCUUUGCAAAGGUUUUCCAGCCCUUACAUAACACCACUGCUUACUCCAAGUGACACACCAAAAAUAACUUCUGCUAGUGUAUCCCCCAGACGAUGCUCUGCUGCAGUAUCUCCUCGGAGGACAUCUGGCAGCACCUCUCCAACAAUUCCUCAAUUUCAACGCCGAGUUUCAAUGUCAUCAUUCUAUCCUUCGAGUCAACAGUCGAGUCAACAGUCCUCAGCAGCUAACUCUCCUCCAAGGGCACGGCCGAAACCAGCUCAAACUCCUCGAGCUGAUGGGAAGGAGUUCUUCCGUCAAGCCAGGAGUCGUCUGUCUUAUGAGCAGUUCAGUGCGUUUCUAGCAAACAUAAAGGAACUAAAUGCUCAAAAGCAAUCUCGUGAGGAAACUUUGAAAAAAGCAGAAGAGAUUUUUGGAACGGAUAACAAGGAUCUCUAUCUAUCAUUCCAAGGGAUGCUUAACCGUGGUGUUCGUUGACAGUACAAAAAGUCAUCUUGGGUGUAUAUUCCCAUCUUAUGGUAGCUUAAACAUUUAACAUAAGUCUUGCUUAGUGAUCUAACGUUGACCAAUUGACUUGUGAAACUCUUGAGCUAUGUUCCAACUCGAGGUGCAGUAUCGCUAAACAUCAGCUCAGAAAUCUUUUGAGGUGCAACCUUAUAGAAAUUCAAACAAUUGAGAUUGGUACUGAUUGUGCUAUUGCUAGCUGAUGAGUCAAUGAUCUCAUGUUUAAAUUCUCAUUAAAUCAUGGAUGCAUGCUGUAAAUUAUUCCUUUCUUUUUUUCUCUCAUUUCAGUUUUGCAUUUUCAAUUUUACUGUCACGUGUGGCACAUCUGAGAGGAGCGGGUGGUGCCAGCAGAUGGCAGUUGAAUCAACUCGUGAGUUGAAUUUCCUUCUGUUGCUGCUCUCGCUCUUUCAUUUGCACGUGUAUGGUAUGGGUAUGUAUAUCUUCUUCUGCUUCACUUGAAAUUUUCUUCUGUGGAGAAAUGAGUAUCUGCAGUAUUGGCACUAGUUGUGUUAUCAUGCGGACAUUAAUAUGUAAAUUGAAGGGUAUACAAUUGAUACUUAGCAUCCAUAACUAGCAAACCAAAACUCUGAUGCUGUAGUUGUAUCUACUGUAAGAAUCUAAUACAACACACUAUCAGUUUCAUUGAA